CAGAAUUCAAGAAAAACAUCUGAGAAGGAUCUAUCUAUUCAACGGUAUUCUGUCAUUCCAUUAUCUCCAAACAGUGGGUUAAUUGGAUCGGUUCCAUAUUGCGACACCCUACACCAGCUUAUUCGAGAGUAUAGGGAUGCUAGAAAGAUUACCUUGAACCAAGAGCACAAGUGCUCAGUUUUGCUCCAGACUAUGAUCAUUUACCACUUAUAGCAAAGGUGGAAGUUUUUGAAUAUGCUCUGCAAAAUACAGAAGGAAAUGACCUAGCAAGGGUUCUUUGGUUAAAAAGUCGCACUUCUGAGGUAUGGUUGGAGAGGAGAACAAAUUACACUAGAAGUUUAGCAGUCAUGAGCAUGGUGGGUUACCUUCUUGGCUUAGGUGAUCGACACCCAAGCAACCUUAUGCUGCACCGCUUUAGUGGGAAGAUCUUGCAUAUUGGCUUCGGAGACUGCUUCCAAGCUUCAAUGAACCGAGAGAAAUUCCCUGAGAAGGUCGCGUUCCGCUUGACUAGGAUGCUUGUGAAAGCUAUGGAGGUCAGUGGUAUAGAGGGCAACUUUCAGUCCACUUGUGAAAAUGUGAUGCAAGUUCUUCGGACAAAUAAGGACAGUGUUAUGGCAAUGAUGGAGGCAUUUGUUCAUGAUCCCCUCAUGAACUGGCGUCUUUUCAAUUUCAAUGAAGUCCCUCAAAUGUCCAUGUUUGCUAAUACUCAUGCUUCUGCUGUUGUGAAUGCUGAGGAAUCCGCUGCGAGUAGAGAGCUUCCCCAACCUCAACGAAGUGCUUGCGAGAGAGAACUUCUUGAGGCUGUUAAUCUCUUGGUGAUGCUAAUGAGGUUUUGAACGAGCGUGCUGUGAUUGUCAUGGCUUUGUCAUGGCUCGGACGUGAUUUUUCCACAUCAUCUUCAGUAUUUGCCAGCUCUAAUCAACAUGCAGUAGAUCACAGCUCCCUAAUUGUAGGAGAUUCUCGGGAAGUGGAGCAUGGCUUAUUUGUUAAAUUACAAGUUCAGAAGCUAAUUAACCAAGCCAGAUCACAUGAAAAUUUGUGCCAAAAUUAUGUUGGGAUAAGUUAGUAAAU